AUGGCUCAUGUCAUCACCUACAUGCAGACCGCCAACGCCUCCUUCGACGCCUCCUCCUCCGCCUCCUUCGACGCUUCCUUCACUGACGACUGGCUCAAAGCCGCCACCACAACCAGAAUACUGCAAGCGCGUAUCUCCUGGACCUACCUCGACAGGUUCAACAUGCCAUCGCGGCACUUUGCUAGCGAUCCAUCCAUGCGACGCUCUGCCCUCGCCUUCACCACCACGACCUGCGAAGGAGCUCCGGAAGCCCACCAGCCCGAUAUAAAGAACGGUACCAUCUCUGAAGACAUGGGAAAGACUCUCAAGUACUAA